CAACAAACAAUCAGUAUGAAACAUGCGGCAGAGCAAAACUACCAGACAGACACACUUAUGUACACAUUCUGAUUAAAUAGCUUUAUUCACAACAAUAUGCUAUUAUUCCAAAGCAACAUCGAAACGUUAUAAAUCAAAGAUGGACGGCGAUACGUUUCAACAAUGGAAAAAUCAAUGUCUUAAUAAGUGUGAUUUGAGUAAGAAGGGAAGUGUAGAUGAAGAUAUUUCUCAUAUCGUAGCAUAUAUUAACGGUCAUGAUCACUACUUUACCACAAGUUCAUGCUCCGGAAGAAUUAUACUUUUUGAUGCGGUGUCGGAUUGCCCUGAUGUGCAAAAGCAAAACUGUUCCUGGUUAUUUGUUACCCACCAGAAAUGCCUACAAGAACAUCUGUUUGCAGGUUUGGGGAAGUCUGCUGGAGAAGCCACUUUUAAAUUUGAGCCAUUUGUCCUACAUGUUCAGUGUAAGCACCUUGAAGAUGCACAACUACUGCAUACUGUUGCAAUAAACUCUGGCUUCAGGAACUCCGGUAUAACUGUGGGAAAGAAAGGAAAGAUAAUCAUGGCAGUGCGCAGCACACAUUGUCUCGAGGUUCCUCUCAGCCAUAGAGGUAAAGUUCUUGUCAGUGAUGAAUACCUUGAUUUCCUUGUUGGAGUUGCUAACCAGAAGAUGGAGGAAAAUCUGAAGAGAAUAGAGAGAUUCAAUGAGUGCUUAAAAGCUGCUUUGCAGCCUCAAGAAGAGAGUAGUUUGCAGGAGGUGGUGGACAAGAAACCGGUCUACAGACGCAGGAGAAAACGGAUACAGGGCAGUUCAGAGACAGACUGUGACAGCCAAAGUGUCAAAGAAAAAACUGAAAGCAAUCAAGAAGAAAUUGACUUUGAUCUAAUGAUGUUAUCAUAGGAAAUCUUCCCUUUCAUCAUCUGAUCAUCAUUCUUGGGCCAGACUUCCUUCACGGUGCACAUUACUAAAACUUGUGUUUGAUCAAACAUCCAUUAAGAUUGAAGUUCUAGCCCAUUUAAACAUGUCCCACAUUAUUAUUAUUUUUUUUUUUGUGAAGACUGGAAGUAAACAUUGGCAGCGAGUGCAGAUUUCUAGUUUUUUAUGAUGAAAUAUGAUCAAAACAGCCACAGAAAAUUACUUCCUCUAAUAACCUUUACAUUUUUGAUAAAAAAACACUUGUUGCUUUGUAAAAAGUGCUUUUUCAUGUGUCUCAUUAUAUCACAUACUCUUGGUGAAUCUGUUUCAGUUUAACAUACCAUAACAUAAAAUAUUUCUUGCUUGUACAAAAGGAAAAUGUUGUCCAGUGUUGCCUCUCACGUCAAUAUAGAAAUAAACCACGUUAUUCAUGUCUGACAACCUAUUUGUGAAAAUUUGGUGUGGUUUGGAGCCCAUUUCCUGUGGAUUAGACUGCAUUACUGUCUGGGCCUUGUCCUGAAACGGCUCAUUUGAUUGACUUGCCUCAUUAACAAUCCUGUCUCUGCCAUGUGGAUCUGCUUCAUCCUGGUUCAAAAUUCUCAUUUUCAAAGAUUUGUGUGCCCUUUUUAGUAAAGGCAGAAACUAUAAUGUACACAUGAUGUGUUUUUAUGACAUGUUCAAGAGGAUUUUUAAUACUGAAAUGAUGUAAUUGUAUGCAUCAGUAAAGCAACUAUUGCUUUAAGUUUUUGUUUAUAAUUUAUGUUUUUAAUUUUACUGUAAAAUGUUCUUGUUUUGUUCUUUGAUAUGUACAUAAAACUCCUAAGU